AGCGGGGCUCGCGGCGCCGUCCGAGCCGGAGCCGCGGCUGGGUGGCGGCUGCGCCGGGGCAGCACCAUGCUGGGUGUGGUGCACUUCCUUCGCAGCUUCUUCAAGACUCCAGAGCCGGUCGUGCUCCCUCCAGGGGAAGGAGAGAGUGAAGAUGCCCAGUUCCACCCACAUCCUGCGGAACCAGAGGAGCAGGAACGGCCCCAGGAAACAGACCCGGAGUAUUUUGAGACCCUGUCUCAUAAGAGCGAAAGUCGAUCAGACACGAGAACAGACCCCUUUGAAAGCGCUUCCGAUGCCGAGUCCUUCCCGGGUGACCUCACUGGUGGAGUUUGCCUCUCUCCAAGUGGCCCCUCCUCAGAAGCAGAAGCAGGCUGGGGAUGCCCUGAUGAUUCAGCAAUCCCACCUCCUCAAGGGCAGCCUUUGGCCUGUGGUGAAGGGCUCCGUACAGAGGAAGGGCUGGGUUUACGCUCGAGCUUGGAGGAAGAUUCUCACCAGAGUAAACUGCGCGGGUCCUCCGCUGCAGCCGCUGCUGAAACAAGCCUCUGCGACUGCGUGACUAGCUUGGCCCAGGAGUCUGUGCCAGCAGCGGCUCUGUGCUUCCCGCAGAGCGCCUCCAGCAACAGCAGUCCCCAGCUGCAAAAGGCCGGGUCUGGGGACCCUCUGGAGCUCCCUGUGGUCUGGCCCAGCUUUCUCCAACACUGUGGACUAGGUCAGACCUGGCCACACGCCCACCGCCGGGCUGUGUCAGCAGAGGUACCUCACAAAGGACCUCAGGAAAACGACUUCCCUCUGUGGAUCAGGACAAAGAAGGGAUCUGCCUCAAAGCCCGCAGUGAGCCCUGACCUGCUCUGGGUUCAUCCCUGCUUGGAUAUAGCCUGCCAACCACGAUUGGGCACACCUUGCCUCAUAGGCACCAAAUGUCAUCAUAGUGUCCCAGAAAAUAUUGGUGCCGAUGGCAAGACACCACAAAGGUUCCUCUGCCAGCGCGUGAAGAUGCUGGUCAGGGCCCAUUCCAUUGCAGCAUUUCCUUUACGAUGUCCUAAGGAGCCUUUGAAGCAGACAGGUACAUUUGGGCCCUCCUUGAGGGAAGGGACAGAAACAGAACCCCAUCACGCAAUAACUCAUACCACUUUUUCCUCUGGGCCCACCCAGCUGUCUUAUUUACUUUCCACUUCUCAAGGCAGGGACCUUCCUUUUCAGGGUGAGCGAGGGCUGAGUGAUUGUAGCUUUAAAGGGACACCUCAGGACACACCCUGGGUAGGUCUCCCACUGGAAAACCAGGUAGAACCGGCUUCUAGGUCAUGCCCAGACCCUUCCCACCUUACUUCAGAAUUGCUGAAGCUUGGCAGCCAAGAGGAAGUGCCUGGGCCCGCUGAAUGCAAGCCAGGGCACAGCCCAGAGAGCAGACUUGAGGAGCCCAAAGGUGUCCACCCUGGAGAUGCUAUCGGUAAAGAGAAGUGCCUGCUAAACAUUGCUGCCAAGCCAGGGAACCACACCAAGACCUACCUAACAAAGCGUGCUCUCAGUGAGGAGAGGAAGCCGCCUGACAGGGCCUCUGCCUUCCCACGUCGCUGCAGCCAUGGUGAGAUGCCUGUGUGCAACGAAAGGCUGGUAGGUUUCCCGGAAGUGAGUGAUGGCGCCUGCGCCCUAAAGACCGCUCGGAAGUCAAAUGUCACUGACCCUUCAGAAGCAGCAGCAAAGGGAGUGGUUCUAGACCUCCAGUGCAGGGGCCAGGCCUUGCAAGGUCUUUUGGAUUUCCCAGCGGUCCAACUAUCUUACCAUGGCCCCAGGAGUGAGUGUGCCCCGGGAACUGGGCAGGGUGGGGAGCCUUUCACUGCUGGCCAGCCACAGGCUCUCAGAGCUGAUGGGGCCUCUAAGCAGAGCUGCAAACUCAUCAUGGUAGCAGUAAGGCAGGAGCAUAAGCAGACCUCUACAAAGAAGGCCCGCUGUCGUCUGGAAUCACAGUCGGGUGACCUCCGGGAGGAGAAGGGAGCAGGCUCCACGGCUUUUGAGUCUGCCAGGGCCUCGGAAAUGCCAGCUUGUUGCAGUGAGUGUGAGCUGCCGGGAUGCCUUGCAGCAGGACCGGGUGAUGGGGCUCCUCAGCUGCUGGCCCAAGGCAUGGGGCUCAUGAGGGGGCAGGUCUCCAGGACUGCUUCGGAUGACACACUGAGCUCAGACCAAACACUGGAGGAGUUGCUGCUUGGGGAAAGCUCAGGCCUAGGGUCUGAGAGUGUACACAGAGGCUUGGGCCUGCAGCCCGGGGGGAACCGGGAGUCGCGCAGCCCAGAAUGUGAACAAGGAGAUUCCGGCACGGAGGGUGCCGAGGACGCAGAAGUCUCCCACGCGUGGGUCGGUGAGGCAGAGGUUCCCGUUUCAGGAGUCUUGGCUUCAUCCCACAUCACUACGCUGCUGCCGUUCCAGGGACUGGGCGACCGGCUUCAGCAGGGUGUGCAGGAGGCCGGCCAGUGCCCUUCCUUUCUCCAGGUGACCCCUGUAAGAACUGACAGGCCCUGGUCCAAGGAGAUGCCUGGAGGGAACAGACCGUGCAGCCAGGCCUUAACCUUAGAGGGCUUGAACCCAGGUCACCCCAGCUCCCAGGGAGGCAUGCCCCCCAGUCCCUGCCAGGUGGAGCUGCCUCUGCACCACGACCACCAGAGCGUGUCUCUGGAGACCCAUUCUGGUGAUGCACACCAAGAGAUUCAAGUGGGGACAUCUGGGGAUCUUGAUGGCGAAGGGCCUUCCUCAGAAAGCUGCAACGUCAAGAGACUGAAAACAACAGAGAGCAAGAUCAGGGCACGGCUAGCCUUAGCCCACAAGACCUUUACCAAUUUUUUUGAGGCCAGAGUUACAGAGAAAACAAAUGCUGGCUCUGUCAGAGGCGAGAAAGGGAAGCGCAGGCUAGGCCAGAGCUCCUGGCGCACGUUUUUGAGAAGCAAAGAUGUGGAAGGCUCCAAGCGGCCCUCUUUAGUGAGUGGGGUUCCAGGACCAGACUUUGCAGAACUUCUCUGCUCUUCCCCUCCAGCAGCCAGCAGCCACUGUGAGGAGUGGACAGCUGUCACCAACAGCCCUGUGUGUGGGGAGUCCUGGACACCCCCACAGUCUCCUGCCACACUGUCCUCUAGCUGUCGGGCUUCUCCGGAACACAGGAGGAAAAGUGAACCGACCAUAAAACGCACUGCUCCCCAGGAGGGCAGCAGGUACCUCCAUUCUGGGAUCUUUCCAGAGCCAUCCUGGCUGGCCUCCACUACCAGCCCUGGAGCCCAGCAGAUUGACAUCAGUUGUACCCUCCCUUGUGGCUCUGCCUGCCACUUGACCUAUGAAAACCAAGGCAUGCCCUGCAGACCCACAAGCCCCAAGCCCAGGAGUCCCAUGCCUGGGGCACAGAGGUUGGAUCUCUGCCUUGCAGGCAGGACUAGCACAGUCUCCAUGGUUUCUCUUAGAAGCUACAGGGACGCCAACAGAAGUUCAGAGGCCUCUGAAAGGCCCAAGGCCUCGAAGGCCAGGGCGAGCCUCUUACUCUCUCUGCAAACACUAAACCAGAAUGACCAGAAGGAAGACAGGAGCAUGUGCCAGUGUCACCAUGGCCUGGGAAUGGUAUCUUUCCUGAGGGACCUGCCUGGGAGUGAGAGCUACGUCGCCCAGGAGAACCCGCUAGACAAGAAGCUCAGUUUCUCCCAUGAUCAGAAAACUUCUCACCCAGAGUCUACUCAGAGGCUGGUAUCGGCCACGGAGGUAGUGACACGGCCCCUGCCCUCCAUCUCCACAGAGCAAGUUCCCAGAGAGCUCAGGAGGGCCCCUCCGCACUCUCACUUCAGCUUGGAUGACCUGUGGAUGGAAAAGGCCCAGAGAAGGAGGCUGGAGAAACAGAUGUGGCUGAGAAGACAGAUGUGCACGGGGUUAGUGCACCUGGACCAUGGUCAGUGCUGGAGGAAAUCAACUGUCACCUCUCCAAAGUCUCCGCACCUCCCUAGAAGAAGCCACCAGCUCUCCCAGAGUGCCCCAGUGGGACUGAACUGCACAGGCUGGCCAGAGGCCACGGCUGAGACUGGGAUGCCGGACGGAACUCUGGACACCGUGUGCGCAGAGGAAACGGGCAGUGAGGAGGACCUCUAUGGAGAGCUUCACCCGCCUGGCCACCACUACAGCCACCCCAGAGGAGGCGGAGAGCAACUGGCCAUCAAUGAGCUCAUCAGUGAUGGCAGUGUGGUGUGUGCUGAAGCCCUGUGGGACCAUGUCACCAUGGAUGACCAGGAGCUGGGCUUCAAAGCUGGGGACGUCAUCCAAGUGAUGGAUGCCACCAACAAGGAAUGGUGGUGGGGCCGCGUGGCUGACGGCGAGGGGUGGUUCCCUGCCAGCUUUGUACGGCUACGGGUGAACCAGGAUGAGCCCGCGGACGACUACGAGGCCCCGCGGGCCGGGGCUGGAGAGGCCGAUGACAGUGUUCCAGAGGCCCAGAGCUGCAAGGACCAGAUGCGCACCAACGUCAUCAAUGAGAUCCUCAGCACCGAGCGGGACUACAUCAAGCACCUUCGGGACAUCUGCGAGGGCUACGUCCGCCAGUGCCGCAAGCGGGAGGAUAUGUUCAGUGAAGAGCAGCUGCGGACCAUCUUCGGGAACAUCGAGGACAUUUACCGCUGCCAGAAGGCGUUUGUGAAGGCUUUGGAGCAGAAGUUCAACACGGAGCGGCCACACCUGAGCGAGCUGGGUGCCUGCUUUCUGGAACACCAAGCAGACUUCCAGAUCUAUUCUGAGUACUGCAACAAUCACCCCAAUGCCUGUGUGGAACUCUCCCGGCUCACCAAGCUCAGCAAGUAUGUGUACUUCUUUGAGGCCUGCCGGCUGCUGCAAAGAAUGAUCGACAUCUCCCUGGAUGGCUUUCUGCUGACCCCGGUGCAGAAGAUCUGCAAGUACCCCCUCCAGCUGGCAGAGCUGCUCAAGUACACACCGCCCCAGCACAGGGACUUUAAGAAUGUCGAAGCUGCCUUGCACGCCAUGAAGAAUGUGGCCCAGCUCAUCAACGAGAGGAAACGGAGACUUGAAAACAUCGACAAGAUUGCCCAGUGGCAGAGCUCCAUAGAGGACUGGGAGGGGGAAGAUCUCCUGGUCAGGAGCUCGGAACUUAUCUACUCGGGGGAGCUGACCCGUGUCACACAGCCUCAAGCCAAGAGUCAGCAGAGAAUGUUUUUUCUCUUUGACCGUCAGCUCAUCUACUGUAAAAAGGAUCUGCUCCGCCGGGAUGUGCUGUACUACAAGGGCCGGCUGGACAUGGACAGCCUGGAGGUGGCAGACGUGGAAGACGGGAAAGACCGAGACCUCCACGUGAGCAUCAAGAACGCCUUUCGCCUGCGCUGUGCUGCCACGGGGGACAGCCACUUACUGUGCGCCAGGAAGCCAGAACAGAAGCAGCGCUGGCUCAAGGCCUUUGCCAGGGAGAGGGAGCAGGUGCGGCUGGACCAGGAGACAGGCUUCUCCAUCACUGAGCUGCAGAGGAAGCAGGCCAUGCUGAAUGCCAGCAAGCAGCAGGCCACAGGAAAGCCUAAAGCUGUUGGCAGGCCACGAUACCUGACGCGCCACAAGCAUCCGUCCUUGCCUGCCAGCCGGCCCCAGCAGCAGGUGUUGGUGCUAGCAGAGCCCAGGCGGAAGCCAUCUAACUUCUGGCAGAGCAUCAGCCGACUGACGCCCUUCCGAAAGUGAGCCAGCGGUCAGCAGACUACCCGACAGCACGCUGCGGACCUGGCCUUACCUCUCUGAGGCCUCCUCCAUCGGGCCCCCUGCCUGUUUUGCAAACUGGAAGUGAACAGGUACAGCAUCAGAGCUGAGGCAAGUCUGGGCCCUUCCUGCCUCUGGCCUCUUCCCUAGGGCUAGUGCGGCGUUGCAUGGGUACCAGCCUCUGCCUAUACUCUGGACCUGCGCAGAACUGCAACCAGCGGUAAGCCUGCACGCCACAGAGAUGCCUGGCCAGGCUGUGCACAUAGGCCCAUCUGCUCUGGACAUUCUUUGGAAAGGUUAUCAUCUCCACUCCUGUUUCCACUGGACAGGAGACCAAAGUCUGUGGCCAGGAGCCUCCUGCAAAAGCAGGUGUGUGCCCCUCUGCUCUCUGUCCUUUCAGGCCCCAGCCCACUUGCAACUUGAGAGGUCAGGAACCAGGAUUUCUGCACUCCUAACUCUACCCAUAGCUGCCCUAUGCCUCCUGGCCCUUCUAGACACUGCUGGCUGCCAGACACCCUCUUUAUGCGUGCAAUGAGAACAAAGCAGUGCAGUCAGCUGUGUGCCUGGCUGCAGGUUAGUGACAGUUCCCUGUGGCUGGGGUGGCUGCACACAUACCCAGUCCCUGUGCAUUAUGAUGCUGUCGUGUUUCUCUUAACAAUGGAGAAGACUGGUUAAUGACGCGGAAAGAUUGCCUUAUCCUAGCGAGUGUGAGAAGCCAUAAGGACUGGAUUCUGUGGCCCAGCGUGGACCGACUCCUCGCGGGGCGCAGUCAGGCCUGCGUAUCAUGCAGCGCCCAUAGGAUGCAGAAGCAUGGACAGUCACUCUUGCACUGUACCUUCUCUAAUCUAAAAACCACAUUUAAUUUCAUAAAGAAACUUAUGAAAAGUAA